GCAGCCAAUCAAAUCGCGACACUGCGCUGAAGUUAGCAUCUCGCUGGCAAAACAACAGCUCGCCCAAUUUCCUGUUUGGGUUCGCCGCGUCGCUACCUUCAAAUCAUUCGCGAUGUCGAAUUAAAUCCAGUCGUAUUACGUUAUUGUUUUAUUUGUCGUUCGCGUUGCCAGCCGUCGCAGCUGCUGAGGAAGGCGAAGAUGGGCUCCAUCCUGAGUCGCAGAAUCGCUGGUGUUGAGGAUAUCGACAUUCAAGCUAACUCGGCCUAUCGGUUUCCCCCGAAAUCUGGGAAUUAUUUUGCGAGCCACUUCUUCAUGGGAGGGGAGAAGUUCGACACACCGCAUCCCGAGGGAUACCUUUUUGGGGAAAACAUGGAUUUAAAUUUCCUGGGAAACAGGCCAGUGCAGUUCCCCUACGUCACCCCCGCCCCCCACGAGCCUGUGAAAACCCUCAGGAGUCUGGUGAACAUUCGGAAGGACUCGUUGCGUUUGGUCAGGUAUAAAGAUGACUCUGACACGCCGGUGGAGGAGGGCGGCAAACCAAAGGUUCAGUACGGCGUGGAGUUCACUUUUGAUGCCGACGCUCGAGUGGCCAUCACCCUCUACUGCCAGGCCUUUGAGGAAUUUUCCAAUGGGAUGGCUGUGUACAGCCCAAAGGAUCCAUCCAUGGCCUCGGAGACGGUCCACUACAAGCGGGGCGUCAGCCAGCAGUUCUCCAUGCCUUCUUUCAAAAUAGACUUCAGCGAGUGGAAAGAGGAAGACCUCAACUUUGACCUCGACCGAGGGGUAUUUCCUAUGGUCAUCCAGGCGAUAGUUGACGAUGGGGACGAUUGCCUCGGACACGCUCAUGUACUUUUGGCAGCAUUUGAACGACACGUCGAUGGCAGUUUCUCCGUCAAGCCACUGAAGCAAAAGCAAAUUGUAGACCGUGUGAGCUACCUCUUACAGGAGAUCUAUGGCAUCGAGAACAAGAACAACCAAGAAAUCAAGCCAUCCGACGACGAGAACAGCGACAACAGCAACGAGUGCGUGGUGUGUCUGUCGGACCUGCGCGACACGCUCAUCCUGCCGUGCAGACACUUGUGCCUCUGCAACUCGUGCGCUGACACCUUGCGCUACCAAGCCAACAACUGCCCCAUCUGCAGACUCCCUUUCAGGGCCUUGCUGCAGAUCCGAGCGGUGCGGAAAAAGCCCGGGGCGCUCUCCCCUGUUUCUUUCAGUCCUGUUCUGGCGCAGACGAUGGACCACGAUGAGCACUCGGGCACCGAUUCAGUCCCCCCCGGCUUUGAGCCCGUGUCUCUACUGGAGGCCCUGAACGGCCUGCGGUCUGUGUCGCCCGCCGUCCCCUCGGCGCCUCUCUACGAUGAUAUCAAUUUCUCAGGCGGCGACGGCAGCCAGCAGCUGAGCUCCCCAGAGCAUCUGAGCGACGGCAGUCUGCAGAAAGGCAAAGUCAGCAAAUCACCUGACAGCACCCUGAGGUCGCCGUCUUCUCCCAUCCAGGAGGAGGAUGAAGAAAAGCUGUCGGAGAUGUCGGACGCUCAGCCACACACGCUCCUGUCCAGCAGUCCCGCUCCCACAGACGCAACAGCAAACGAGGACGUCGCAGACUCGCUGUCCCCGGAUGACGAGGACAGGAUGCACGCCGGCGCCAACAUCCUCCAGGACUGCGGAAGCGAGCACAGCAGCUUGACCAAAACGGAGAGCGACCCUCCGGGCGACCUUUCGUUGCCAGGGUCGUCCGAGUCCACGGAGAGCCUGAAGAGUCAGAGCACAAAUUGCUCCAGCCAGCCUCUCCUGUGCCCCACCGGCAGCUUCCACCGGGAAGACGAGCACCUCCUCCCCUGACGUCCUCGCUUUCUGCCUCGCCGACUUUUCAUUCCGCCUCCCAUCAGGGCCGACGUGUAGGAAAACGAUAUUGUGUGUACAUGCGCUCCCAAUGUGGAUUUUUCGGACCCAAAGCACACUUACUCCUUUUAACUCCACUGCUCAAAGGCGCAUUCAGACACACACACACACACA